AUGUCAGAGCAACAGAAUACACCCUCUUCAACACCAACGGCGUUAGGAGACUACUCGAAGUUGAGUAUUCCAAGUUUGCCGGGUGUAACACCAGAAUUGCCAAAGUCGAAUGGCUUAUGGUCAUCGAACCCAGUUUUUUCAUAUUUAAAUGAUGUCUAUAUUACAAUUAGGGAACACAGAAACUCAUUAGGCUUAAACAACCCUGGAACUAUUGAAAAUUUGAACAAGGAAGUAAGUCGUGAUGUUUUUUUGACUCAAUACUUUUUUACCGGUUUGAGAGCUGAUUUAAACAAAGCUUUUUCAAUGGCACCAGCCUUCCAGACAUCGCAUACCUUAUCGAUUGGAUCAGCAGUUUUGCCGCUGUAUGCAUUUUCUGCUUUGUAUGCUACUGAUGACUACUUUGUUCAAGGUAACAUUGAUAAUGAGUAUUCAUUCAGUGGAAGAGUUAAUUAUGGAUGGGAUAAACAUAAUAUCUCAAAGCUCACUUUGCAAUUAGCCAAUGGCCAACCUGCAAUGUGUCAAUUAGAACAAGAUUACAUGGCAUCAGACUUCUCCAUUAACUUGAAAACAUUGAAUCCCUCAUUCUUGAACGGAGGGUUUAGUGGUGUUGCUGUAGGUUCAUUAUUGCAGUCAUUAUCUCCUAAGUUAUCAGUUGGUUUGGAAGCUAUGUUUUCCAAACAAGCACCUCUGGUUUCUCCUGAUAGUGCUGUUUCGUAUGUCGCUCGUUAUAAUGCCGGAAACUGGAUUGCUUCUGCUCAGUUACAGGCUCAAGGUGCAUUAAUUGCUUCAUUCUGGAGAAAAGUGACUGAUAAAGUUGAGGCUGGUUUAGAAACACAAAUUGCUGCUACUGUUAAGCCGGUAACAGACUCUUUAAUGGGUACACCGAUCGGAUUUGAGCCUGUUGUUGAGGGACAGACUACCAUUGGUGCAAAGUACGAAUAUCGUCAAUCCGUCUUCAGGGGUCAAUUAGACUCUUUGGGAAAAGUUGGUGUUUUCAUGGAAAAAAGAGUUCUCCCCACAGUGUCAAUUUUAUUUUCAGGUGAAAUUGACCACAAGAAAAACGCUUCAAAACUAGGUGUUGGUUUACAAUUCGAGGCUGCAGGUAAUGAACAACUAAUGAUGAUGCAACAAGGCUUGGUCGAUGCAAACGGAAACCCAGUGCCAGGCGCGCCUCAGUUAAAUUGA